AUGGUCGAGGCCAACACCGAAAGGGUAGCCAAUGGGACAAAAGGGGGCCAAGUCGAAUAUCCAAUCCGAACCUCGGAUUUUGGGAGGAAGGUACCCUGGCUCCUCCCAGAGGUAUCGAGGAUAUUAGCCGGAGACUUGGAUCCUGGAGUCAGUCGCUAUUUGGAAGGCACCAUUGUGACCUUACCAUAUCCGGAGCUGACUCCAGGACAACCUACCAUCGUAAAGGGGCAACUCUCGAAUCAUAAAAUUCCAGAUACCUGGAAGCAGGCAGACGUCAGUUUGAAGACACUGCAUCCCAAUCCAGGAUUUAUUACCAGUGUGAUGAUGAAUUUCCUUCUUAAAGUACGGAUAUUAGUGGUCUCACAUCGGUUCACUGGCGUAAUCAGGAGCCUCCAUGCGAUAGCCGGCUUGCAGACGCUGGAUGAGUUCUCCAAACGUCAUGCCUUGAUAUGGAGUCUUUCCAAGACUGAAAAUCUCCCAGAGCGUAAUUCCGUAUGCCCAAACGUCUGA